AUGGGUGAGCACAACAGAACCUCAGUGAUAGAAUUCAUCUUCCUGGGCCUCUCACAGGACCCACAGACGCAAGUCCUGCUCUUCUUCCUUUUUCUCCUCAUCUACCUGCUCACUGUUCUGGGAAAUCUGCUGAUCAUUGUGCUCAUCCACUCAGAUCCCAGACUCCACACUCCCAUGUACUUCUUCCUUAGGAACCUGUCCUUUGCCGAUCUCUGCUUUUCUACCACCACAGUUCCCCAGGUGCUCGUCCACUUCUUGGUGAAGAGAAAAACCAUUUCUUUUGCUGGAUGCUCAACACAGAUUGUCGUGUUACUUCUGGUUGGGUGUACAGAGUGUGCACUCCUGGCAGUGAUGUCCUAUGACCGGUAUGUUGCUGUCUGUAAGCCUCUGCACUACUCCAACAUCAUGACACACUGGGUAUGUGUCCAGCUGGCUGCAGGAUCCUGGGCCAGUGGUACAUUUGUGUCCCUGAUAGAUACUACUUUCACUUUGCACCUCCCUUACCGAGGAAGCAAUGUCAUUAACCACUUUUUCUGUGAACCUCCUGCCCUCCUGAAGCUGGCUUCAGCAGACACCUACAGCACAGAAAUGGCCAUCUUUGCAAUGGGUGUGAUAAUCCUUCUAGCUCCUGUCUCCCUCAUCCUCAUCUCCUAUUGGAACAUCAUCUCCACUGUGAUCCAGAUGCAGUCUGUGGAAGGGAGGCUAAAGGUCUUCUCUACCUGUGGUUCCCAUCUCAUUGUUGUUGUCCUCUUCUAUGGCUCAGGAAUAUUUGCCUACAUGAGACCAAACUCCAAGAUAAUGAAUGAAAAGGAUAAAAUUAUUUCAGUGUUUUAUUCAGCAGUGACCCCCAUGCUGAAUCCUAUCAUUUACAGCCUGAGGAACAAGGAUGUUAAAGGGGCUCUUAGGAGAAUAACUGCAAAAUAA